AUGGGUGUGGGCGUCAUGUAUCCACCUCUCUACCCCUCUCGCCUCUUUCCCUCUCACUCACACACAAUCUCCCUCGAGCAGGCGAAGCUAGUGGUGGUGGGAGGGGGGGGCGUGAGCCCGUGGAGCGAGUGGAGAAUGCGGGUGUGGAAGAAACCGGUGCUGCGAGUGGGGGACACGCUUGUGUUCAAGUGGUGGGGCUUCCCCAAUGACGUUGUGGCUGCUCUCAUUAAGAAGCAAUUCGAUACAUGCAACUUCACCCUAGCCAUCAUGCUGCACAGCACCACGUGGGUGGGGCGCUACAAGUUUGCGAUACCAUCAGGCACCACCCGAGUGCUCUUUGCCAGCAGCAUGCGCCAAAGGUGCCUGAGGGGACUCAAGUACGACACUGGUGCCAUUUUGCCGUGA